ACAAAGACGCAAUAAACUCGGAACCGUUCUAAGAAGCUAUUGAAACAGUGGGACUGUAAUUCGUGAUACACCGCUUCAAGUGCACGGAGGCACGAGUUUAUUUCUAUUUAAAGCAACGAGUAAAUCAGGAACUACAGCAAUAAGACCCAAUGGAAGAUGAGGAUGACUGUCCAGAGCUGGUUCCUAUUGAAGAGAAGAACACGGCAUCUGCACUUCAGAUUCCUGUGACCAUCAUCACCGGUUACCUGGGUGCCGGGAAGACAACACUCUUGAAUUACAUACUGACUGAGCAGCAUAACAAAAGAAUAGCAGUCAUACUCAAUGAGUUUGGUGAAGGCAGUGCUCUGGAGAAGUCCCUGGCAGUGAGUCAGGCAGGAGAGCUGUAUGAAGAGUGGCUGGAACUCCGGAAUGGUUGUCUGUGCUGCUCGGUGAAGGACAAUGGACUGAAAGCGAUUGAAAAUCUGAUGCAGAAGAAAGGAAAGUUUGACUACAUUCUUCUUGAGACGACUGGUCUGGCAGAUCCAGGAGCAGUUGCCUCAAUGUUCUGGGUUGAUGCUGAACUAGGAAGUGAUCUUUACCUAGAUGGCAUUAUUACAGUUAUUGACGCAAAAUAUGGAAUGCAGCAUUUGAUCGAAGAGAAACCGGGUGGCUUGAUAAAUGAAGCUGUAAGGCAGAUAGCCCUCGCUGAUCUGACGAUUAUUAACAAAACGGAUCUGGUGAAUAAUGCUGAGCUCAAUCAGCUUCGAGACGUGGUCAGAUCGAUUAACGGCCUUGUCAGAAUCCUGGAAACACAAAGAUCCAGGGUCGACUUGUCUCAGGUGUUGGAUCUACAUUCAUUUGAUUCCAAAGAUACGGCGAGGCUGGCAGAGAAACUACAGCUAAUGAAAUCGACACACACGCAUCUAGACAAGGAUAUAUUAACAGUUACAUUUGAAGUACCAGGAAGUGUCUCUGAAGACCAAGUAAAUGUGUUUAUUCAGGAACUUUUAUGGGAAAAGGCAUAUAAGAACAAAGCAGGACUGCCUAUGAAUGUCAUUCGCUUGAAGGGCAUCUUGUCCCUGCAUGGUAAGCAGAAGAAGGCGAUGCUUCAGGGCGUUCAUGAGCUUUACGAGCUGGAUGAAACACCUGAGGCAUGGACAGAUGGAGACCCCAGGGUCAAUCGACUGGUCUUUAUAGGUCGCCAUCUGGAUGAAGAAUUGUUAAAGAAAGAAUUCCUCUCUUUAAUUUCCACUGGAGAGGACUGAUGGAAUAGAGGCAUCAUAAAGUAGGAGUGUGGCUCUAGGAGUGGUUCUUUGCCAUCCUCUUCCUUUUGCAUAUGAUUAUAGACAAAUUACAUCAGACUGUCGUUUCAGAUGUGUUUCCAAUUAUAGUUUAUGGUGCUAUGCACAGACGUUUGCACUCCCAUCUCUGGUGCUCAUAACUAUGAUUGUGAUAUUAUGGCACUCUUGUCAGAAGCAUGUACAGGACCUUGUAUUAGUUAGCUUUGGGUGGUUACAAGUGUGUGUUACUUUGUAUAUUUGAGAUGCUUGGUUCUGGUGGUAAAAAAGAGCCACACUUAACACUACUUUAUGAUUUUAGAAAAAUUGUUCUUAAGAUGGGUUCUUAGGUGGCUAAAAAUCUCACUAGAGCCAUCUCUUAUAGAGAACCUUUAAGAUUUCUAUAUUCAACUUUUUUUAUUCAACUUGAAUUACUUUUGUCGAAUGUCAGCCACCAACUUUAUCUAAGUUGCAGUAGACUGAUUCCUGUACACACAUUUGCUUUGUUAAUUUUAUUUAUUUUGUUAGUUUGUUUGACACUUUAAUUAAUAGGCAGAUUUUAAUUACUGGACAAUACUGUAUACAGUGUUUCUGUAACUACAAUGACUUAAAUAAAUAAUGUUUUAUGUUAAA